AUGGGCAAACGCUUCAGGGUCGUCGAAGAGGGCUUUGUCGACGGCAAGUGGACAUUUGACAUGACCAAGGAGUUGGCGAUUUGCAGAAAGAUUGAAGCGACGCUGCGUGAAACUCCGAUCGAGGAACCGCAACUAACACGGGAAGAGGAAGAACGCAUCAAGCAACGGCAGCAAGUCCGAGCCAAGAAGCUCGACAAGCAGAAGAAACGGACUAAAAAGUAG